AUGACAAAGUUGAAAUCUAUCGUAUUGGAAAAGUCUCUCAAUUUGACCGAAAGUCCAGACUUCUCAGGUGCUCCAAAUUUAGAACAUUUACAUCUUGGUGGAUGCACAUCUCUUGUCAAGGUUCAUCCCUCCCUUGGACAGUUGGGAAAGCUUGUUGAGGUGGACUUGAAUCAUUGUGCAAACCUUGAAAUCCUACCAAAAAGAUUGGAAACAAAUUCUUUGGUGAAGUUAAACCUUAGGGGGUGUAAAAAAGUUGCAAAGCUCCCAGAGUUUGGGAAAGGUAUGGAAAAACUAUCAUAUCUUGAUGUGGGUGCUACUUCUAUAACUAGACUUCCUGAAUCAGUUGGAUCCUUGACGGGUCUUGAAUAUUUAAAUUUGAGUGGCUGUAAAAUUGAAAAUCUUGACAAGUCGUUGAAGACUCACAUAAGUCACCAAAUUUCCGGCUUGAAUGUAAUGUCAUUAACGGAGUUAUACUUAAGCGGGUGUGGCUUAGAUGAUGGAUCGAUUCCUGAUUUUGACAGUUUAUCAUCGCUCAUUGUAUUGGAUCUAAGCGGUAAUGAUUUUGAGAAUCUACCCAUUGGUUGCUUCUCUGGUCUUUCUCGACUUGUCUUCCUUUCAUUGAAUCACUGCAAAAGGCUUAAGUCAUUGCCAAGGCUCCCACCACGAUUAAUUCGAUUACAUGCCUCUGGCUGUGAUUUAAUGGAACCAUUAUCAUCAGAUGGACAGUUAUGGAAUUUGGUUGCUUCACUUGACCAUGAGCGUCGUGGGCGAACUAGAUGUCAAGUCGAUGAUGAUUGGGAUGAAGAUGGGGAGGAAUAUGUUCCUUCUGUGCUAUACAAGGGAGCUAAAUGGCCUCCCCAGCUGAGAGAUUUCUGCGCAAGUCUUCCAGGAUGUGAAAUGCCAUCAUGUUUUCCAAAUAAAGAAGAUUGCCAUUUGGAUAUGUUGGGAAGGAAAUAUGAGAUUGAGGUGGACAUGCCUCCAUAUUUUCGUGACAGUGAAUGGUGCGGAAUUGUUGUGUGCUUCCGUAUGUCAGGUUACGGUGAUGGUUUUUGGGACGUUGGUUGGAGUGGUAAAGCUGCAGAAGGUGAUGAUGAUUAUAUACUUGAAGAGUGGGAGUGUUGGGAUUGCGAUUGGGAAGUAAAGGAAUGUGGGUGGAGAGUGAUUUGUAAAGAAGAGAUACAAGAUUGGUGCCAUCCCAAUGGUUUCUUCAACCAAGCCACCCAACCCCAGCUUGCUUCUUCUGAUGAGGUCAAGCUUCCGCUGAGAGCACUUGUAGACUUCUUUUUGGGGGAGGAGCAUUUGACUGGCUGA